GAAAACAAAGAGAUGGUUGUUUCAGCAUUACUUGGCUGGCUAGUGUGUGGUGAAGAAGUCUCUCCACUAAUGGAUGGAUUUUUACAUUCUUACCUCAUACGCCACGAACUUGAUCAUGAUGGCACUCUGGCUCACUAUGUGCUGGACACCCUGGCUUCAGCUGGGCAGGACUGGUGGGCUUAUGGAGAGGCCUCCUGGGAAGACAAACUUUAUGCUGUCAUAAGUAUCAUAUCUGAUGCUCAGGUACGCGCUCAUUGUAUACUGGAGUGUCUCCGUGUAGCUCCCGUACCCUGGAGUCCUGGCACACAAGCUGCAUGUAAUCUAGGCCUUUCUCAUAAUAGCACUCUGAGCUGCAAAUUGGAGGAUCAGAGACGUCUUGUGGAUCUGAAGCUUGUCUUGAGAAAAUAUGACCUUCAUCUUAUCAGAAUUGAUAUAGCAAAGAAUGCAGAGAUGAUGCUGGAAAAUAUAUUAUCUCAUGAUGGAAGAACAGAUGUGUUAGAGGACGCACUUCAUGUGGUUGCUUCAUACAAACAUCUCUCUCGCAUUGAUGCUUAUGUUACGAGGACCAAGUAUCUUCUUAACACACGGAAUGUUGAUGGUGUGAAGGAACUCUUACAAACAUCAAAUGAUAACCUCCAGCGACAAAUUUGUCAGAAGUUACUGAGGUAUGCUGUUGAAACUCUACUGCUUCCACCUAUAGGACACAAGGGACGAGAUCUUCAAUCAGCUGUGGCUGAGGGUGUAGUAGCACUUGAAACCUUCUUCAAGAAAUGGUGUAGCAACUACCCAUCUGAGGAGAAACUCUUCACUUCUUUUCACAAUCUUCACACCCUGCAAGUUCACUACAAUCUUUACCCAACACUGGAAGAGUUAGAAGAUAAAACAUCUUGUAAGAAACUGUUUGAAGAAGAAGUUAUCAGCUGGUGCAAAGAUGGUAGACUGUUAGAGAGAAGUGGAAGAGGAAAUUUCCCUCUCACUCUUAAUAAGGAGAAAAAUGCCAAGAGGGGAUUGGAUCAUCUUCAGCACCUGGCAUCUCUCUUGGGUAUUGCCAGGGGAGACAUGUUGUCUUUCUCGGCAUCACUAGCUGCCAAGAAUGAUGAUCUGGAAGCUGCUAUUCACAUAUGUCCAAGAAUUUUAGCAGAUGCAUCAGGCUUGGAGUGCACGGAAGUUAUUUAUGAUGUGGUUAAGCUUACUGUCGAACAUCAAAACUUAAUCGGGCGACAGAGGAGAAUCAUCAACGUGAAUGCAGCGGCCCUCGAAGAGAGUAGUGGUGGCUCUAAGUCUUGUGCAGACCUUAUUAAUAUUAUUUAUGAGCUUGUGUGCUCAGCAGUGAGCUCAGCUCACUCAGAUAAGCUAACUUCUGAUCCUCUCUUGGAACUGGGAACUUGGUGCCAGUUAGGCCAGACCUUGUAUCAGCAGUGCCACAUGGAGGGCAUCUACACCAACACUGAUGUAGCCGGGAGCAGCAGCAGCUACAAUACGUGGAAGCUCAGUGCUUUGUUUCAUGAUGCCAGUAUGCCAAUUGAAAGUAGCUUUGUCACCUCACUCAUGAUACAAGCCUUGGAGAUGUGUUUGAACUCUCAUCGGUGUCGCGGUAAAGCUUCACUGGUGCCUUAUCAAGAUGACAAAGAGAAGGGGGUUUAUCUGUUGGAAAACACGCGUCUGACCAGUAGCUUCCACGACCUUGUCAGUCACCUUCGUGAACGAGGUCAGGACUACCUUGCACUCUGUAUGGUUUUACUGCUGGCCCAGCGGUAUGAUAGUUUGGGUAUUCAGUCAUCUUUGUCAGGAUGCACACCCAGCUGGGAGCAAGUGUUUACAAUAUUAUUAAAAGUUAUUGGGAGCACAAGAGUUGAUGUGCCAUUAGCUGUCAGCUUGCUUAUUUUACUAAUGAAAAAAGAGGCUUUAAAAGUACUCAAUGAACUUAUCAAAAGGUUUGGUUUUGAUUAUAGUAGACUUCUGUCUAUUGCUACUGUAGGAAGAGAUUAUUGCAUAUUGCAUGCACUCUCAGAGGUGAAGGAACAGUUUGAGUUGCUGAUGAAGAGAGCUCAGUGGGGGAAGCGUUUAGCUGAUCUCAAUGUAUCCUUCAAGGAAGCUUUUAAGGGAGAUACCAGAGCUUUGAAUCAUGUUCAGGGUAACCUUGUUUCUCACCCAGACUGCACCUUCUCUAUACUCUAUGAUUAUUGUCAUGAUUUUAAUUUGGAUGUUACUGAUGCUUUGCUUCACUAUCUAGAAACCACACUUCAUUCCUGGACACCAGAAUUGUCUACCGAAAACAAUGACAUAGACAGCAUAGUACACGUCGAACCACCUCAUGCUUUACUUUCCAAAUGUCAAGCAAUCGUUGCUGAGAUCACCAACAAAACACUCUUGCGUCAAAUGCUUUUAGAGCAGUUAAAUACACUAAGUUCAUAUAAUUUUGAACUUAUUGAACUUGUGCUGCAACAGUUGAUUCUUCUUGAACAAGAUUCCCACGAGUUAGACAUGCUGAGGCGUGGGUUGAAUGUAGUCAGUUUUCUACGGACAUAUGCCAGGCAAUCUGCAGUAAGUGAUCAGGAAAUUGAUGAUUGGGUUACAAGCCACCCUCAGAGUUUGGGUCCUCCGGAGAUAGCCAAGUACCGACUCCCCUUUCACAGUCUUUACAGACGGAGCAAAACAGUGAUGAAAAUAAUCGAAGCAGAACUGAACAUAGGAAAUAUUGAUGUAUGGCUUCAAGCCUCUCCUACCUUGAAAUUAAACUCGGAUCAGUUAUGUAUGAUAGCAACACAAAAUACGGUUUCUAAAACUUUAGAGGCCUGUGAAAGAUCCAAAAUUAAAACCUCCCCAAGUGUUUCAGAGUUGAACAGUGUCAAAACAACAGAGUGGCAGCUAUGCAGUAGCAAUAGUGCUCUGUUAUCCCAGGUCCGUACCGUCAUCAGUAAGAUCAAGCAUAAUGAACUAGCAGCUGCGUGUGCUAAUUGGGUUGUUAACAAACUUCCACCAGGAGCUGAUAAAGUGGAAGCUGCUGAGAAGUGUAAACUCUUGGCUAAACAGUGGGACGUGAAAGAUGCCAAGAUAUCCGAGGCAUGUUCUCGCAUGAGCACUCGACACCAACAGUUAGCCAUUGAGCAUGCGUUGCAUAAAUAUUGUUUGGCAGAGGACCAGUAUCUGGCACUGAUACGAACUCCAGAGGAACUCAUCUUUGCCCUCUAUCAGCAUCCAUCACUGGACUCCCUAGCAACUCUUGCUACACAUCCCAUGCCAGACAUCAAUGGCUGUGUUUCAGACAUAUGCUCCAAAAUUGGCUAUAAUCAGGUAUUUAUCCAGUUGGACUUACUGGAGAAGUGGCUACCACCACCAGAGUCUGGUGAAGGUGGUGGAUCAGAGGAGACAGUGACCAACUUCAAGAUUACUCUAGACCCCAGUGCUGCCUCUCUUACUGACUCAUCUGAUGAUACUUCACUCUCCAGGGUUAUAUAUCUGUUGCGAUGCUGCCCCAAAAUGAAGCUGUGGGUUAUCUAUUGAAACCGUGCCCUUAAUGAGGAGACCGGUUUCUCUGCCACUCUCCGUUUGAGAGCGCUACGUUGUCUAUUAGCCAUUGCUGAUGAGGAGACCAUCCGUGAGCACUGUCCCAAGGGUAUCUCAUCCAUACGGUCUCAGCUACAGACGAUGACAUACGUGAGUCGCCUGGAAGCACUCGGUCAUGCCACUAGUGUGCAGCAGUUCAACACCAUGGAUAAGUGUGCAUUAAUUGAAGGACUCUGGCGCUCGCAACGACACAACCCGACGGCACUCAUAUUACUCACUGAUCUUUGUCACGACUAUCAGGUUACCAAGGCAUCACUAUGGGGUGCUGUUCUCAAUCAAGUUCAGAAUUUUGUUAAGUCAGGUCAGAUGGAAAUAGGAAGACUUGAGCGAAUUUUACUUCAGGUGAAGAGUUUGCCGCAUCUUUGGAUUGUUCCAGCUCUCACAGUUGCAUGGACUACGUAUAACUAUCCAUUUACUAAA